AUGGCAACCAACAUACAGAAACAUCUUACACAACACAAUCUACCACCACUGAAGUACUGGAACCGAACUCUCUCACGAGGUGACAGCCUGAAAGACAUCGGAGGCACUCCCUGUUCAUCAAUCACAGAACUAGUUCAAAACUGUGACGUGAUAUUCGUCUCCGUAAGCGACGACACAGCCCUCCAAACCAUAACUUCCACCAUCCUCUCCAGCGGCCCCCUGACCACCAAAACCAUAAUCGACACAACAACCGUCCACCCCACCACCACAUCAGCCAUAACAGCUCAGUUCACUUCCACAGGCGCAUCCUACAUCGCCGCCCCCGUCUUCGGCGCCACACCCCUCGCCCAAGCCGGUGGUUUGCUGAUGGCCAUUGCGGGGCCUCCAUCUGCCAUCACCCCCAUUCUGCCCUUCCUUGAAAACGUAAUCGCGCGCGCGGUAAUUAGAGUCUCAUGCUUCUUCUCAGCGAAGCCCACGUUCUAG